AUGUUGAUUGUGCUCGGGGUCGUUGUUCUUCUUGCGUUGGUCGCUGUGGGAGCCUAUCUUGUGGCGAAGAAAUGGGAAUCUAAAGCGCUGCAGCGAAGAGCAGUGGAGAAGAAAGCAUGGACGAUGGAACAGGAAGAGACUGUGGUCGAAAUAGCUAUUUAUGCUAACCCGCUUACUGUCAAAGCCCUCGAGGACCCUGAGCCCUUACUCCCACUCCCUCUUCACUUCAUCGGCGGGCAACUCCCACCAGAACAAGCACUGUCUUUGUCUCACCUUGCGAAUGCUGCUGGAGCUGCUAAAGCUGGCGUCCGGUUUCUCGUUCCUCCUCCUGGCUAUGAGAUCAGGACCUCCGGUGCUGCCGGCAAGGCUUGA